AUGGCAACUUCUGUCAUUUCAAAAGCUCCACCACUUCCAAAAUUACUGACUUCUUCAAAAGUUAAAAUUCUUGUUCCUCCAAAAGAAAAAAUUAAUAUAUUACUGGAAGAUGAUAUAAAAGAGUGUGGUGAUAUUUUUGAACAAUAUCUUCGCCUCACUAAACUUGUGGAGCAUUUAUCAACAAAAGAAGAUUAUUUACGUGAUGCAAUUAGAGAAUGUAAAAAUGAGAUAGCUCAUGCAAAUGAAGAACUUAAAACUCUUCAAUCAGUACCUUUAUUGGUGGGAGAGUUUUUGGAAGCAAUUGACAAAAAUUAUUGUGUAGUUGAGACAUCCACUGGCAUUAAUUAUCAUGUUCGUGUAUCAUCAAAUGUUGAUAAAUCAAAAUUACAUGUUGGCACAGCAGUUGCUUUAAUGAAACGAUCUAAUGCUAUUGUUGAUAUACUACCACCAGAUUGUGAUAACACUGUUAGUCUUUUAAAAACAACAGAAAAACCAAAUGUUUCAUAUUCAGAUGUAGGUGGUUUAGAAAUUCAGAAACAAGAAAUUAGAGAAGCAAUAGAAUUACCAAUGACUCAUGGAUAUCUCUUUCAACAAAUUGGUAUAGAGGAACCAAAAGGUGUUAUGUUAUAUGGACCUCCAGGUUGUGGAAAAACAAUGUUAGUUAAAGCUGUUGCUACAUCAACAAAAUCAAAUUUUAUUAGAUUAGUUGGAAGUGAAUUUGUUCACAAGUAUCUUGGAGAAGGUCCACGUUUGGUAAGAGAUGUUUUUAGGAUGGCAAAACAAAAUUCUCCAUGUAUUAUAUUUAUCGAUGAAGUUGAUUCUAUUGGAACAAAAAGAUUCGACACAAAAGCUGGUGCAGACAGAGAAGUUCAAAGAAUAUUGUUGGAACUUCUUAAUCAAAUGGAUGGAUUUGAUCAAAAUUCAGGAGUUAAAGUAAUAAUGGCUACUAAUAGAAUUGAUACACUUGAUCCAGCUUUAUUAAGACCAGGAAGAAUAGAUCGAAAGAUUGAAUUUCCUUUACCUGACAGAAGGCAAAAACGUUUACUUUUUAAUACAGUAACUUCAAAUAUGAGUUUGGCGAAUGAUGUUGAUUUGGAAUAUUUUGUAUCAUUACCAGAUAAAAUAAGUGCAGCAGAAAUUCGAAAUAUUGCUACAGAAGCUGGAAUGAGGGCAAUUAGGAGUAAUAGAUAUUCUGUAACAGCUAAAGAUUUUCAAGAUGCUUAUAUUGCUGUUACUAAAAAGUGCAAUGAAGAAUUGAAUUUUUAUGAAUAA